AUGACGGCUGCAUCCAAGAAGCCACCCUCUGGCGGUGUGGGCCGAGUUUCUGCUACAGAAGCAGGCACCGCGUCUCCUGGAGCUUCUCCUUCACGAACCGCCUCCCCGAGAUCGUCGACUCCGACAGGGCACGUACGCACGAGAUCGGCUCGAAGCGGCGCUCCUGUUUCUGCUCGCGCCGCUGCAGUCCGUAGAGACUCUUCCGAUGCUCGAGCUGAGGCCGCCUCCGCCCUCGAGGACCUCCAACAGCGCCUUGAGAAGGAGGAGAGACUCUCGGAGCAACACAAGAAACAGUCCGAAGUGCUCCAAUCGAAGCUAGACGAGGCACUUAAAGAUGCUGUCAAGUCAGAAGAGAAACUCCACGAGUAUGAGGAACAGCACGAGAUUAUUCUUAACGAGAUGAAGGAGGCCAAGCGUGAGAAGCGCGAGAUGGAGACCAUCUACGAAGCUGAACGAAGCGCCAUUCUCAAAGAAAAGGAGGAGCUGGCAAAUAGAGAGGAGGAAAUGCAGACUGUUAUUCAGCGGUUAAAGGACAAUUUGGCCCAGAGGAGUAACUCCGACGAUGAUGGCCGACCAUCAAGACAAGAACUCGCUGAGGCGCAAAUCAAGCUGGUUGAAUCGGAGAACCAGGGCGGUGGUAGACUUCAGGAGGUCGAGCGCCUGCUAAUGGAAGCUCGCAUGGCCAACGCCCGCCUGAUGGAGGAUAAUGAGAGCUACCAACUUCUUCUUCAAGAAAAAACACUCAAGGGCGACUUUGGCCAGAACGACUUCAGUUAUAUGAGCGCUGGUGCCAAUCAAGACGCUCUCAAUGCCCUCGAAGGCAAAACUGGCGGAUCGAGUCUGGCAGAUGAGCUGUCCGAUGCAACCGAGGCCGAAAGUGAGGCGUACCGUCGACUAGAAGCAGAACUCAAGUCCGCGAAGGAGCAAAACAAGGCACUCACACUGUAUAUUAACAAGAUCAUCGAGCGCUUGCUGCAGCACCAGGAAUUCGAGUCCAUCCUAGACACGUCUGGGGAGGUCAAGACGGGUCCGUUACAUAUGGACAAGAGCCUACCUGCACCACCAGCCGGGGAUGUGCUAGCAAAUAGUGCCGCUGCGCUGCUGCAAAGAGCAAAGUCUAUUGCCGUCGGUGUCGGAAAACCGAAGCCAAGACCUUUAACGUUCAUGCCAUCCUCGGCUCAUACUGACCCGGAGAGGGCUCCGAGUAUUCCUAUUGAGAAUCUUGGACGAUCUACAAGCACGAGGCGAUCCCGACCGCAGAGUGAUCAGUUCACCGGCGCCGCGAGUCUGGUCAGCCAAAUGUACAAGGGUCCUGAUGGUUCCGCUUCGCCUCCUCUCGGCAACCCACGACACUCGCAUACUUUCUUUGCAACCCCAAACAUGGCAAGCAACCCGACAGCUUCGUCUCGCUACCCAAGCGGAAGUCAGGCAUCUUCCGGAAACUUUCCUGGCAUGAGGAGCGAAACAUCAAGUAUCAGUGGAGAGUCGGGCGACAUGUCGACAUCAACACCGCCGUCUCAAUCACCACCUCGCUCGCACAGCGAUAAGCAGACGACGUUUGCGGGCGGCAAGCCCCGUCCAUUGCGACUAGUCCAGGAGCAUCCAGACGCAGUCAAGGACAACAAACGAACGAGUUGGUACACAGGCUGGGGCUGGGGCGGUAAGAAGGACGAAGCUCACGCCGGUGCACCCAUUCCUGAAUAA